ACACUCAACAGGGGAGGCAAAAAAAAAAAAAUCACCUUUUAGAAACCGUAACUUGGAAAUCCCUAUAAAGUCUACAGUUCCUAGAAGAACGAGCUCUUCUUGCAAAGCCAAAGAAUGUCGAGGAUAAUUGUUAAGAAUCUUCCCAGAUAUGUGAAAGAGGAUCGACUUCGAGAUGUCUUUUCACAAAAAGGAGAAAUCACAGACGUGGAAUUGAAGCGUUUAAGCGAUGAUGGCAGAAGUAGACAAUUUGCUUUUAUUGGAUUUCAUAAUGAAGAAGAAGCUCAAGCUGCUAUCACAUAUUUUAACAAGUCUUUCAUUGAUUCUCUUAAAGUAUCUGUUGAGGUUGCGAAGCCUCCUCCGAGGAAAGAAGAAGGGAAGGUUAAUGAUAAUGGUGAACAUUUUUCUUUUGCUAAAGGAGACAAAAAGAUUAAGAAGAAACCAGAGGCUGGUCAUGAUGAUCCUCUGCUUCAAGAAUUUCUUGGAUAUCACUCAGUGAAAUUCUGGUCCAAUGACAUGUGUAUUCCUCUUUCCACCGGAGUAAGUUUUUCCAAUGGUGCUGAUGAUGAGCCUAACAAAGCCAAAAGACCAUUGUUCGAUACUAAAAAGGCUACAAAGAACAAAGUUGGUGAUGAUGUUUCUGAUAUGGAAUACUUCAAGAGUAGGAUAAAGUCAAAUCUGUCGGAUUCCGACUGUGAUUAUGAAACUAAUUGUCGAGAAAAUGCAGUUCAUGUUUCCCCUAUUGAUGGAGAAGAUAUUGAGACUGACAUAGUUGAUGAUGGCCAUGAAAUGGAGGUAGAAGCCGAUGGCAAGAUGGCUCAAGAAUUGAAAACUGACGACAGAGAUGAUGUUCUUAACACUGGUCGCCUUUUCGUCCGUAACCUGCCUUACACUACAACAGAAGAAGAGCUUACUGAACAUUUCAGCAAAUUCGGUGAUAUAUCAGAGGUCCAUCUUGUUCUUGACAGGGAGACAAAAAGGUCCAAAGGAAUGGCCUACAUCCUUUACCUGAUCCCGGAAUCUGCAGUAAGGGCAAUGGAGGAAUUAGAUAACACAGCUUUCCAGGGGCGACGGUUGCAUAUUUUACCAGCUAAGCCCCGUGAAAAGUCUGAUAAACAAGUAAAUGACUCUUGUAAUCUGCCAAAAACAUUCAAGCAAAAGAGGGAGGAACAAAGAAAGGCGUCUGAAGCCCUUGGAAAUUCAAAGGCUUGGAAUAGUUUAUUCAUGCGACCCGAUACUAUCCUGGAAAAUAUAGUCAGGAUGUUUGGUGUAAAAAAGAGUGAGUUACUUGACCGUGAAUGCGAGAAUCCUGCAGUAAACCUUGCUUUGGCAGAAACAAAAGUGAUUAUGGAGACCAAAGAAGCCCUUGCUAAAGCUGGAGUACGUGUCACCUCUUUGGAAGCAUUUGCUGCAGGGAAAGGUGAUGAGAAAAACCGAAGCAACCAUAUUCUCUUAGUAAAGAAUUUGCCAUUUGCUUCCACGGAAAACGAUCUGGCUCAAAAGUUUGGAAAAUUUGGAAGUAUAGAAAAAAUUGUUCUCCCUCCGACAAAGGCAAUGGCUUUGGUUAUUUUCCUUGAAUCGGCUGAGGCACGUGCAGCUAUGAAAAAAAUGGCAUAUACGAGUUACAAAGGUUAUCUCCUGUUUCUGGAGUGGGCUCCUGGAGAUAUUCUUGAGCCAAAAGCACUUCCCGAUAACAAAGAAAAGAAGAGUGCUGUUGAAGAAAAUGAUGUGAGAAGAGUCAACUUGGAUCAGGAGAUUGGAAUCAAUUCGGAUAUACCUGAGUCAAAUGUCCUUCAUGUUACGAAUCUGAACUUCGAGACAACUGAUGAGAGUUUGAAGAAGCAUUUCACCCAACUGGUGAAGCAGGGACAUAUUCUGAGUGCUAAGAUUAAAAGAAAUGGCGAGAAUCGUCGUUCAAGCGGUUAUGGUUUUGUAGAAUUCGACUCUGUAGAGACAGCGACCAGUGUCUACGAAGAUCUCAAGGGAAUAACUGUUCUGGAUCGGCAUAAGUUGAUCUUGAGUUACCGUAAAAACAAGCCGAGUGAAACGGUUGCGAAAGGUUCAGACAAGGAAACAAAGUUACAUGUCAAAAAUGUAGCUUUUGAAGCAACCUUUUCAAUCCAUUUGGACAGGUAUAUAUACACUUCUCUUAGGAUGAAACGAUGGUAUAUGCUUAUUACAAUUUGCCUUUUCUCGUAAAAAAAAAUUAAAACUCGGUGCAAUUGCUGAAGAAGAAAGAUGUAACUUUGCUGGUUUCCAAAGAAGAAAGAUGGAGCAUUUGCUGGUUUUUGUAAUAUUGAAUUUGGGACAAAUCAAGAUGCUUCAGACGCUAUAAAUGCAUUAUCCAGAACCCAUUUCUAUGGACGCCCUUUGGUGCUCGAGUGGAAGAAGGAGGAUGACAAGAGCAUGGAAGCGAUCCGAAAAUCUAGUGCUGCCAAGUAUGUGGACCAAGAAAACGAUAAUCCAAAGAAAAGGAAAAGGUCGGCAGUUGUUGGUGAAAGAAGAAUGAAGUUUAAGAGAAGUAGCUGAAAUUGACCAAAUUAGAUACCCAAUGCCUGUUUCCUAAAUCGGCAAGACAUAUAUAUUCAUAGAAAACGCAACUUUCAGCUGAGUUUCUCAGCAUUUUUUCUGUUUGGUUGAAGAUUUGUUGUCUAUACCAUCGAUCGGUAUUGGAAGAAUUAUUAACGCACAUCUGAAUAAAUCCAU